UGCUAAUUUAAAGAAAGAGGAAGUGUGAAGGAGGUGCUGUGAAGUGAUGCACAGUCCAAUGCUCGAUGAGAAGAGGAAGUGCAAACAGCAGCAAAGUCCACAGACAACGCGUCUGAGAGAGAGAGACGAGGCGGUAAUUCUUCAGAGAAGGUCUGAACAGAGACGUCACAGGAUGGCUCAACACUGUCUCAAGUGCCUGAAGUACACCAUGUGUCUGGCCAACUUCCUUUGUUUUAUGUGCGGCGUGGCCGUGUUGGGCUUCGGCGUCUACAUGACGAUGAACAGCAACCUCACUGAACUCACCCCCACCCUGGCCAAGUUUAAGGUGGCCAACAUACUGAUGAUCUGCGGCAUCUUCAUCACCUGCGUGUCCUUCCUGGGAUUCCUGGGAGCUCUGAAGGAGAACCGCUGUCUCCUCCUGAUGUUUUUCCUGCUGCUGUUCCUGCUGAUGCUGGUGGAGCUGUCUGCAGCGUGCUUGCUCCUCAUGUACGAGAGAGAGAUUUCCAUAUGGGUAGAAAAAGAUCUUAACGAUGGCCUGGAAGAGGCGAAGGGCAAGGUGAAGAACUCAACUGACCUUCCCACCCAGUGGGAUUACCUCCAGAAUACACUGAACUGCUGUGGAGUCAAAAAUGCAACGGACUGGGGAGUCAAUUUGCCGCAGUCCUGCUGCGUGGGCGGGUGUUCCCCUUCGUACCACCAGUACAAGGAGACGGGCUGUCUGGACAAGUUAAAGACCUGGUUUGAGGAAAAUUUCCUAACCACUGGUAUUGCUGUCAUCCUGCUCUGCAUUGUCGAGGUCCUGGGAAUGUGCUUCGCCAUGACGCUUUUCUGCCACAUCAGUCGAUCUGGACUGGGCUACAAGUUAUAAACAAUAUUCUCUCAGCCAGUCUCUUCUACCCUGUCAGUUUAAAGGUUCAUGUUGUACAGUUUUCUCCUCACAGAAUCAUAAAAUUUUAGCGGGGGUGUCCAGUUCUUAUUUCACAAAUACAGAAAAAUAUAAAGAUGACUGACCUCUUAGAUAAAGCUCAUCUUAAGUGUUGUAAAGUAAGUGAAACCUCUCCAGCUUAGGUUUAGAUAUGCUUAGUAACAGAAUUAAAAUCAACCUCUGUAACAUGUUUUCAUUACUGGCCUCCGAGGUCCGAAACCUGGAUUUUGGGCCCUGGCGAUGGCUCCAUCCCCAUUGGUCAGGAUCAAAACAGUCAGUAGAGAGUGGCGAUGUUGGCGGCUCAUCUCUAAAUUCAUAGACAAAUCAAGAAUGUGCCAGACUUCUCUAGGAGUGUAGGUGCUUGUAGAUGAUCAGCUGAUCUAUAUCAGACCUUAAUAGAGAUAGAAGAGCCAGUGAUUUGUACUGCUGUUUGCUGCCAUAAUCAGUUUUUCUUUUUGCAUCAUGGUGUCAUGAAUCAACGUAUCAUGAUAAUUGUGUAUUUUUGAAAUGUUUGUAUACAGAGUGUACACAUUAGCUUACAGAGAAGAGUCUGGAGAAAGAUUCUAGUGUGAGCUAUAUUUCAUUGUAUUUUUAGAGUGUGCUACCGGUGGAUUAAAUAUGAGCUGGAGUGCAUGUUGGCUAUAGUUUGGACACCUCUGGAUUAUGACUGGAAAAAGGCAUGCUCCUAAAAAAGCUGGCCUUUCCUAGUUUGCAGAAAGUAAUAUAUAUGUGCCUGUCUUAGUGCAGUGAGAAAUUAAAGCGGGUUUGUUGUUGCUUUUUGAAACUCGACAUCUUUUGAAUUUAUUCAUCAUGAAAUAGAUGCUUCAACUUCAACGGGCUUUCAGUAAACGUUUCAAAUUCCUCUAAUAAACCAGUGAAGUGUUGUAAAUAUUGUAAGCCUCGCUCAUGCGAACAGACCACCACUGUUUCCUGUCUCAGGCUGCAGCUCACUCCUCUGUGGUGGAGCUUUAAAUGCUACCACUUCCUCUUUUCAACUUUUUCACCCAUCAGUUCCUUAACAAUAGAGCAUGUCACUCCUAUUUAUUUAGAUCACAUGACUGAGGAUGAAUCUAAUGUUUAAAUCCCUGUAAUGCUGUGAAAACUUCCUUUUUUCUGUAGAUGAAUAAAAAAUUGAAACUUUCAUGUUUUACAGAUUUGCUGCCAAUAAAGUGAAUUAUUUCA